UUUUGUGUUCCUUGUUCUGCCAGCUUCCCACUGCGCAGGCGACCGAAACGUCAGAAAAGCCACAAAGGCAACGCAAAAAGCAGUCGAAAAAUAUAAAUAAGCGAAAAGCUAAAAUAAAACGAGACAGACACAAAAAGAAUGCCCGAAAGUCAUACGUAAAACGAUUAGCAUAUUUUGUGUCUUGUUUCAGAGUGAACUAAAUCUAACAAAAAUAAUCCAAUAUAAAAGUGCAAAAAUCUGUGAAAAAUGGUGAAGAACAAUAACAAUCUAAUGGCUGAAGAUCUACCCAAUGGCAAUGGUCUGCCGAAUGGAAAUGCAAAUGGACAUGGUAUCCCCAAUGGACACGGCCUGUCCAAUGGCAAUGGUGUGGUCCAUGCUGGCCAGGAAUCAGUAGCACCUCCUGCCACUGGCUGGCGUCAGACCCUAUGGAAUAGCUGGGAUGCCUUUGCGGAUGUGGCCUGGUUCAUCAUCUGCUGCGUGGGAUUCAUUCUUCAGGACCUCUACUACAUUGUCUUUGGCUAUCCCGAAAAGGAGCUGAAGACAGACAUUGCCCUGAUCACCGGUGGUGGCAAUGGCCUGGGUCGCCUGCUGGCCGAGAGGCUCGGAAAGAUGGGCACCAAAGUCAUUAUCUGGGACAUCAAUAAGAAGGGCAUUGCGGAAACAGUUGAGAUCGUCGAAGAGGCGGGCGGUUACUGCAAGGGCUAUGUGGUCGAUAUAUCGAAGAAGGAAGAGGUCUAUAAGGCGGCCGAUGUCAUCAGAGAAGAAGUCGGUGAUAUUACUUUGCUGAUCAACAAUGCGGGCGUUGUCUCUGGGCUGCAUCUACUGGAUACACCUGAUCAUCUGAUUGAGCGCUCGUUCAAUGUGAAUGUUAUGGCACACUUUUGGACGACAAAAGCGUUUCUGCCCAAAAUGAUUGAGAAUGAUCGAGGACACAUUGCCACAAUUGCCUCGCUGGCCGGCCAUGUGGGCAUUAGCAAAUUGGUCGAUUACUGUGCCAGUAAAUUUGCUGCGGUUGGCUUCGAUGAAGCACUGCGGCUGGAGCUGGAAGUCCUUGGCCAUACGAACAUACGAACCACCUGCAUUUGUCCGUUCUUCAUUCAGGCGACUGGCAUGUUCGACGAUGUGAAUGCCAGAUGGGUCCCCACUUUGAAUCCCAACGAUGUGGCCGAUCGUGUCAUUUCUGCCAUCAGGAAGAACGAGAAGCUUGCCGUAAUACCUGGCUUCCUGAAGGCCCUGCUCUCACUCAAAUGGACCUUCCCCUGGGGCUGUGUGGGUGGUUUGCUGCGACGCCUAGUGCCCGAUGCCUCGCCCCAAGGUCUGCCCAGCUCCAUUGGUGCCACCGCCACCGCCACUUCUGCCUCUGCCUCUGCCUCGCCAGUGAACGCCAAGUCAAAGUCUAGUAUUGCCACAACCACCGCCGCGGAUAUGGCCGCCCUGGAUGCGGAGCUGAGCAGCGUUACCCUGCCGGCGAAGCCACCCUCGAUGCUGAUCCAGCGUACACCUUCGCUGGGGGAGCGAGUCCUCUAAACAGGGAAUCCACAGAGUACCCCAGAAGCCCACAACACAACCCCCUCCCCCGCCAAAUCCAAGUUUUUUUUUGCCUGUUGUGUGUGCAUUUUAUGAGCGUUACCGCGUUAUGGAGUUACGAGCAUGUG